AUGUCUUUAAGGGAGAUUGAGGCCCGCCUGGCCGGGAUAUCUGUGAACGAGGAGAAUGCCAAUCCGGCCUCUGGGCCUCACAAAUCAAAAACUAAUAAGGCAUCCUCGAGCACGGCUGGUAGCUUGCUACAAGAUAAGCAAAGUCAGCAAACUGGCCCUCCCAGGCAUCCUCUACUGAAAAUUGCUGUGCACAAUCAGAACCAUGCCAAUAACCAAUGGAGGCCUUCAGAGAUGCCACCACCUUCUCCUCCUCCUCGCAAAGCUCAGGAUGCUUCAUCGGAACAGCAAAGGAAGUCGGAUAGCUCGGAUGCUCUGACCAUUCCACGGUCUAUGCCCUCAUCACGUGAAUUCCACCUGGGGAUGUUUGAAAUAGGGCGCCCCCUGGGGAAAGGAAAAUUUGGCCGUGUAUAUCUCGCCAAAGAACGCAAGAAUGGGUUUGUCUGUGCCCUGAAAGUUUUGCAUAAGAGCGAGCUUCAACAGGGGAAGGUUGAGAAGCAGCUCCGAAGGGAGAUUGAAAUUCAGUCAAACCUGAGACAUCCCAAUAUCCUGAGAUUGUUCGGGCAUUUCCAUGACUCGAAGAGGGUUUUCUUAAUCCUUGAGUUUGCCGGACAGGGGGAACUCUAUAAGAUGUUGAGGAAGGUUGGAAGGUUCUCUGAAAGGCGUGCAGCUGAGUACAUUGCUCAGAUGGCUGCUGCUCUUCAGUAUCUCCAUAAAAAGCAUGUUAUCCAUCGUGAUAUCAAGCCCGAAAACAUCCUUGUCGGAAUACACGGUGAGAUCAAGAUAUCCGAUUUCGGCUGGAGUGUGCACGCUCCUAAUUCAAGACGUACUACUAUGUGUGGAACUCUUGAUUAUCUCCCACCAGAGAUGCUGAACGGCAGCAAUUACCACAAUGAGAAAGUAGACUUGUGGUCUCUCGGUGUUUUAACGUACGAAUUCUUAGUUGGGGCAGCGCCGUUUGAGGAUUCACCCGUGGAGACACAACGGAGGAUCGUUAGGGCUGAUAUGAAAAUCCCCGAUUUCGUCAGCCUAGAAGCGGCCGAUCUUAUUAAAAAGCUACUUGUUGUAAAGCCUGAUCAGCGGAUCCCGUUGGAUGAGGUCGCAAAGCAUCCGUGGAUCUUGAAGCACUGUGCGCCAAAACCUGGAGCGAAUAUCACAAAGCGCUCAGGCGGUAGCACUGAAAAGCCGUGA